AUCCUGAAUCCUGGAAUGACGUGAUAGGAACCGCGGGGCUCUAAAACAAUAUUAGGAUUAACAAUGAUUACGUAUCCCCACACAUAGAUGUGAUCUCAGCUCUGCAAGCAUUUCGAAACUAUUUCUUUAAAUCAUGAAGAGGCAUGUAAUUGAUGCGUGGUUUUCCUGAAUCCAGCCUUUAAAUGCUCAGCAGCGGAUUAUUUCACAGUUUGUGGAAGUUGCCUCUCCUGCAGGAUGAGACUGGGGACUCUACUAGUUUUUAUUUUGACGCGCGCAUCUUUCUCUCUGUCAGCCGAACAAUCUAAAGCGAAGAGCCCAGGUCCACACAGCCGCUGCUCUGACCGAGCCUGCAACCCGCGCAUCGGUAACCUGGCUGUGGGCAGAGUGCUCCACACGCAGUCCGUCUGCGGCUCCAACUCUUCGGAGCGCUUCUGCUUCUUUAAACAGACCGCCGGGCCCCGCGGCAAGCAGUCCUGCUCCGCGGCUAAAUGCGCCCGCUGCAACGCCGCCGAGCCCGCACAGGCGCACCCUGCCUCGGCUAUGAGCGACUCCUCGUUCCGCCACCCGGACACCUGGUGGCAGUCUGCUGAGGGGCUGGAGGAGGAGGCGCUCCGGCUGGACCUGGAGACCAAGUUUCUCUUUACUCAUCUGAUCCUGGUGUUCCGCUCCCCCCGCCCGGCUGCCAUGCUGCUGGAGCGCUCCCAGGACUUUGGACGCACAUGGAGGACCCUCCGAUAUUUUGCCCAGGACUGUGAGAAGAUGUUCGGCCUGGCUGAGGGUUUGUCUCUCGAGGGAGACGGGGCAACAUGCACCUCCAAAUACUCAGGAGCUUUCCCCUGCACCAAAGGAGAGGUAAUCUACCGAGCCCUGUCCCCUUGGCGCUCGGUGGAUCCCUACGGACUAGCUGCCCAGAACCAGCUCACUGUCACCAACCUCAGAGUUCGUCUCCUGCAGAGACAGCAGUGCCCGUGCCAGACCAAACAUCCGGGAGCUGCCUCUCUCCCGACGGACCACUACGCUAUCUAUGAUUUUGUUGUCAAAGGCAGCUGCCUUUGUAACGGACACGCUGACCACUGCGUGCCAGCAGGAGGCUAUCAACCCGGCCCGGAAAAGGCCAGCAGUGUGGUCCACGGCAAAUGCGUCUGCAGACACAACACGGCCGGCGACCACUGCGAGCGCUGCGCCCCUCUCUACAAUGACCUGCCGUGGCAGGCGGCCAACGGCAUCAUGGGUACACCACACAAAUGCCAGAAAUGCAAGUGCAACGGCCAUGCCAGGAGCUGCCACUUCGACCGAGGACUGUGGCUAGCUGCGGGACGGCGGAGAGGAGGCGUGUGCGACCACUGCCUCCACAACACAGAGGGCCGUCACUGUCAAAACUGCAGGAGGGGCUUCUACAGAGACCCGAGCCGUCCCAAAACCGCGCCAGACACCUGCAAACCCUGCUCCUGCCACCCUGUUGGCUCGGUGCCCUCAGCCGGUGGCACCAUCUGUGGCCCCAGCACCGGGGAAUGCACUUGUAAGCCUGGCGUGGAAGGCCCCCACUGUGACAAGUGCAUAAUGGGAUACUGGGGGCUUCACGAGUAUGGCUGCCGUCCAUGUGAGUGCACGGGAGACUGCGACCCCUACACCGGUGACUGCGUCUCUGGCGGAGAUGCUGAGGUCCUCUAUGCAGCUGCUGGAAACCCAGGAAAUGGCAGCAACGAUAGUGAGACAGCGCUAUCAAGAGCAAAGGAGCUUUUCUCUGCACUGCACCACUCUGAGAAAUGUGAAUGUGUCGAAGGUACCCUGGGCAGCCCUAAACGGUUCUGCGUAGCUAAGUUUGACUAUGUUCUGGUGGUGAAGGUGAUGUCCGCUCAUGAUAAAGGCUCUCAUGCCGAGGUGGAGGCAAAGAUUAAAAAGGUUCUGCAGCAGAACCCGCAGAUGAAGAUCCAGCACGGAAACAUCACACUUUAUCCCGAGUCUUGGACUGUUCGAGGCUGUACGUGUCCCAUCCUCAAUCCAGGACACGAAUACAUCGUGGCUGGCCAUAAGAACUGGAAAACUGGCCGGCUCAUGGUGAACACCAGGAGUUUUGUUAAACCAUGGAAGUCGAACCUGGGACGCAAACUCCUUCACAUUAUCAGAAAAGACUGUGGGCGCAGGUAAAACGCUGCCCAGGUCAACAAACGGACGGUUUGUUGAUCCAUCUGAAUGUUGGACCAAAAUCUGGUCCAACAAUCUUCAGAGAGACUCUGUUUUGUUUGGAUGCUGAAGUGAAUGACUCUUAUCCCGUCUACUGAGGAGCUUAUAGGACAGAAAAAGUCUAAAAGACAAAUUAUCUUUUUUUUUUCAGAUUGUUUUUAAACUACACACAGAGUUAUAUUGUGUCGACUUGCCAAAAGCGGCAAAAAGUUUCUAUUGUCUUGUUCCGGUUAUUUUAUCRAUAAGUACUUGAACAUUUUCAAAGYCAGUUUUUACAAUUAUUUUUUAUCUCAGAUAUUAAUAAAUUAUGACAAGUUGACAUUAACGUGUGUGUGACUCCUUAGUAGAAAAACCUCUCUGCUCUGAAAUAUCUCCAAAAAAGAUAUMUUUUAUUUUUGCCUAACUCAUCUUUUGGCUAAGAUGGUAGUAGCUUUUUUUUUUUGCCAUUACAUUAGGAAGGUGACAAUAUGCUAAUUUAGCCUUUCAUCCAGUUCAGUUGAACAGAUUCUUCAGCCAACCAAUUACUUAUUAUCAGGAUUUUCUCUCUCUCUCUCUCUCUCUCUCUCUCUCUGUUUCUCUCUCUCUCUCUCUCAUGAAACAUCCUCUUCCGUCUGAGAGCCCAGUUUUAUCAUAAGCCCAUAUUUGUGUUUGUAGACGUCCGCUCAACAUGUGUCUUUUUCUGGCUGUGCUUCAAAAACAGAGUAAACAGGACAUUUUUGGACAUUUUCCUAGGAGGCCCAGUUAAGAGCAGGUCUGAUGUUCUGUCUCCAAGGAGAUCAACAAACAGCCUACAGAGAUGCAAAGAAUUCCUCCGAAAUGAACUCAUCAGCCAUUAGCCCAAAGACGUCCACAAAAAAAACAACAAAAAGUUAGGGUAAAUGUUCUUUUAAAGUAAGAAAUUAUCAUUCAAGAGUGUUUUUAUUCCAAGUAUGUCCCUUUAUUAUGUUCCAUAAUCUAUGUUUUCUUUCCUUCAUAUGUUUUGUCAUCUUUUUAUUUGUUUGUUCACGAUUGUGAAGGACGGAUAUCCAGAAUAUGCGUUUACUUCACAUGUAGCUCAUUACCGCCCUCUUUUGGUUAGGAGAUAACAAAACGCUCCCAGACGGUCAACACUUCUUUAUACUUCAUUUUAGUAAACUUUAAGAACACUAAGUAAAAAAUGCAACCAAAAGAAAGAAAAGUAACUAAACAGUUAGAUGAAAGUAUAAUAAGAAAUCCUUUAAUUAAUUUUUUCGGGUUGCAGCUUCUGUUGUGUCAAACAUGUAAAACAAAUGUAUUGGAAUAGAAAUGAAUAUACACAUUGGCCUACAUUUAUAUAAAUGUGCUAAUAUACUCAUCAUUUUAUAAUAUCUGUUUUAAUUUAUUUGUAUUUUUUGACAGUUAAUUAUUACAUGAAUUUUUUUCAUUUAUUAAAGAUAUUUGUUACAAUUUUAGUAACUACAUCAUAUAUAUCUGUUUAAUUGACUAAUUAUUUUCACGUCGGAUUGUGGGACUCUGUGUUCUUGAUUCUUUUAAGUGGUUAAAUGUACGAUAGAUUACAAUUUUUAAAUUCAGUGUUACAUCACUAAACAGUUCAAUUUCAGCCAGUGCUACCAAAUAUUUUUGGUGUUCUGUUUUUUUUUUGGUCAGCCACCCUUCAAAAGUCCUUGAAAAAACAAAAGUUAGAAGUCAGUUCACUACAAUAAUUUUUUUAUCCACAAUUCAAACAGGACAGAGGACUAGGUGGGAAAACUCUGUGUAACAGUAAGAGGUUUUUACAGUAAUGACUGUAAAAGGGAGGGAUGCCACAUUUCUUUAAUUGAUUUAAAAAAAAAAUCUGAACAACCGUCAGUGCAGCAUAGUGAUAUGAAUGCAGGGUUUUAUAAUGUCCACAAACCAAAAUACAGGCACAACCGCUAAUUCCAGAUUUAUAACAAUUUAUUUUUUAUUUAUUUUAGAAAAAAUACAUCAAAUGAAAACAAAGCAGCAGAAUAUUAGAAUACAAAUAUUUUAUAGCAGUUUUUUUUUUCUUCCUCAACAUGACAGUAAAGCUGGAUGUGUUUUAUGGACAGCUGCUUAUCUAAUCAAUGUUUCGUUUCUUUUAUUUUUUUGGUUGCAUAAAGUAGUUUUGCAUAUCUUCUAAAAACAGCACUUUUAACUACGCCUGCAAUGCUACAUUCAUUAAAGAUACACCCUUUUUUCUGCUGGCUUGAUCCUUAAAAGAAAACCAAAAUUGCUAGCAAGUUCUCUUCGUGAUACGAGGUUUUUGCUUUGCUACAGUUAAAGUGUGAUACAGAUGUUCCACUUAAACGUUUUCACAUCACCACCACAGACUUCAAUCUACUUAUUGGGAAUUCAUGUGUUAGACCAACACAAGGUAAGCUGAAGGAAAAAUUAUGCAUGGCUUUGAAGUUGUUUUUUUUUCUUUCAAAAAUAAAAUAAAAGAAGAUUGUGGCAUAUGUUCGUAUUUGUCCCCAUUUACUCUAAAACCCCAAAAUAAAGUCAAGUGCAAAUGUUUUCACAAAGUACUGAAUAAAGUUCCGUCCAAUUUAAUAUCAGGAACAAAUGAGUGGCAAGAACAAGCUGUGAGACUGAGUAUGUAAAGCCCUUCAAUCAAAGACAUGACUCUGGAGGAGCUGCAGAGAUCCAGAGCUCAUAUGGGAAAAUAUGUUGAUCAUGGCCGAUUAUUAGUUGAACACCAGCAGUACAAUAUAUGUACAGCCAGAGCUGGAAUGGUCAGAUUAUUAUUUAAUUGUGGCCAGGCUUGAAAUUUCAUGUUCACAGACAUUAUCCAUCCAGUCUGACUGAACCUGAGCUAAUCUGCAGAGAAAAUGGGCAAAAAAUGUUAUUCUGUAGUCGUGCAAAGCCAGUAGAGCCACACUUGGAGCUGCAAUAGCUGCAAAAAGAUGGUUCAAUAGCUGAACAAAAAAACCC